AUGGCGAAGGCGAAGGCCACCAGCCAGGCUGGCAAAGGCCAGAAGUCUAUAGCGGACUACUUCGGCGGAGGAAAUAAGAAAGGGAAGAAAACGAAGGUCUCCGAUGACCACAUGGACGUGGACACGUCGUCAGUCGCGGACGCAACGGCCGACGAAGAGGAUGAUCACGGUGAAGAGGAGAAAAGUGUAGGCGCAGACGAGGAAUACGUGGACGAUGGAGGCGCUUUAGAGGACGACGACGCGUUCGAGGAAGAGGCGGUGGACGAAGCGAGUGCUGAUGAGGCCAUGUCCGUGGACGAAGAAGUAGAUGAGGACAUGCACUCUGCUCGGAAAGCAACAUCGACAGCUAAGUCGAAAUCCGCACUGAAAGGUCUCGGAGCCUCCAGAGGCCAGGAUACGACCGUCGCAUCCGACUUACCUCCCAUCAGCGAUAUUCGUGCCAUGUUCUCCGACCUCGUGAGCCAUAUUCCGGACAUACAAAAGGUUGCCAAGCGGAUUCAAGGUCGGACGCUCCGAGUAGCCACCAUGUGCUCUGGCACGGAGUCGCCAUUGCUAGCGCUCGAGAUGAUAUGUGAAGCUAUACAGGAGCAGUACAGGGUCACUCUCAAGAUUGAGCACGUCUUCUCGUGCGAAAUCGAGCCUUUCAAGCAGGCCUAUAUCGAGAGAAAUUUCCGUCCUCCUAUCCUGUUCCGCGAUGUCUGCGAGCUGAGCGAGGACUACGCGACAACGGCUUACGGAGCUACUGUAGAAGUCCCAGGGGAUGUCGACAUGCUCGUUGCAGGAACGUCUUGCGUGGACUAUUCCAACCUCAACACAAAGAAGCAGGACAUCGACGCUAACGGAGAGUCCGGAAGGACAUUCCGUGGAAUGAUGUCCUGGGUCCGGAAGCAUCGCCCGCCUAUCGUCAUUCUCGAAAACGUUUGCAGUGCACCUUGGGAUAAAGUCGUGAAAUAUUUCGAGGAGCACAAGUAUAGCGCGACGUCGUUAAGGCUCGAUACGAAGUCAUAUUAUAUUCCCCAUACCCGCACACGUGGGUAUCUCUUGGCCGUGGACCAGAAGAAAUCUAGUCUACCCCGCGAAUGGCUUGACUGGCUUAAACGGCUGAAAAGAGCUGCGUCUUCGACGCUGGACGAGUUCUUGCUUCCCUCGGACGAUCCUCGCAUCCAGCAGUCCCGAGAGAAACUGGUCCGUGAGGGCUCCAAUGCGCUGGACAGACGGUCUGGCCGUACAGACUGGGGCCGUUGCGAGUCGCGUCAUCAGAGGACGCGCUUGGAAGAACAACUGGGUUCGAAGCGCCCUCACACCAACUGGGACGAGAAUGGCUUGUGCAAAAUGCCAGACUUUACUUGGGGGCCCGACUGGGGUAUAGUUCAGGUCGAACGAGUCUGGGAUCUAAUGGACAUUACGGUCCUGAAGAAAGCGAAAGACUAUGUUGAUCCCAAUUACAAAACGCAAGUGUGGAACUUGUCACAAAACGUGGAUCGCAAUGUAGGAGAGGGCAAGGAAGGCAUCUGCCCAUGCCUUACGCCGUCCAUGAUUCCCUACAUCUCCAAUCGUGGUGGACCUAUGGUGGGCCUUGAAGCCCUGUGUAUGCAAGGCCUACCCAUCGACAAACUACUCCUGACAAAAGAAACGGAGGAUCAGUUGGCCGAUCUUGCGGGCAAUGCCAUGUCUACUACCGUUGUCGGCGCCUGCAUGCUGGCUGCGCUGGUCGUCAGCGUAAAGUUACUGAAGCCCGGAGACGACACGGAAACCUACGAGUCCAAGGGCAAAACCGGUGCCGAAGGCCGGAGCACGGGCACUAUGAAUGUCGACGAGCCCGAGGAAGCGGAGCUCCCUAUUGAGGAGCAUGUCGUGGGCGAGGAACGCUUGACGGAACGCCCGCUAGAUCUGUCGGCUAUGAAUCAAGGCUCCCUCUCUGAGAUUCUUGCUGCUGCCCAGCGAAGCGUCCGGUUGUGCAUCUGCGAGGGGCGUACUGCUAUGACGGAGCGCCGCCUGAAUCGCUGCGUUGAUUGCAGUUAUACCUCUUGCGAGAAGUGUGGCGGUCGGCCGGAGCAUAAUUACCAACUUAUAGCUUUUGACACACCCAGGGUCGCCCCUGGCGUUUUCGCAAGGGAGCUGAAAGCCACGCUUCCUAUGUCGCUCUCUGUUGCCAACGUGACACAGGAGACGUUGGUGGCAAUCAAGGAGGCAGCAGGAGUGUCAGUACCCGAAAGGCACUGGCCUAGCUGGUGUUCUGCUGUCCUUCGUGCUGUCGCCAACGAGCUGCACUUUGUUGAGCCUAAGCGGCAGGAGAUCUGGACAGCGGUUUACCAGUCUCCCUCGGCGACUCUGGAGCUCUCACUCCAUCCUUUGCGUCCAGAAUGGCGGCUCUAUGCCAAGCCGGAGGCGAAAGAGCCUGCUAGUUCGAAAUUGCGCAAGAUCCUUGAGACACCGGUAGCAAGGUUCGUCUGCAAGGACAGUCUAUUCGAUGGUGUUUGGGAGAUUGGAGUCCCUUCUACUACAUCCGUGAAGAUAACUAUCGAGGGAAGCGGAGAGCUCGUUCCAUCCUGGGAGGCUCGCUUAGGCUUACAAAGUCCUGAGUUCCGAGACCGUCAGGUUUACUCUCGCAUCAAGGUUACCGUACCGGAGAAUGAUGUCGACAAGUUUGAUAGGGAUAUCAGCGGCGAGUAUGAACUUCUUGACCGUUGCGGGACGGCAUGCUGCGGACUUCACAAGCAAGUCUCCGAACUAUCUGGGUUACCGCCUCUAUUUUUGCUGUUCGAUCCUGCACGAGUCGGUCCCCCUGACGAAGACUGCUUCGCAUUCUCUAUCAGUACAAAGCGAUACGAGUUCGGCGAAGCAAGACCUAUCAUAUGUAGGCUGUCUCCAGAGUGGCGACAGCAUAAGGUCAUCAAGGAAGGUACACCCGUUAAGUGCGAUAUACCCACAAAAUGGGUCGAGGCUGAGGAUAUAGCCUUUAAGUUUGAAACAGGUCACCAAGCAACUUUCGCGUCGGUCGAGGGUGACGUCGCGAUCACAGCAGACUGUGACGCCUGCCGUAGUGCCGACGCCCUCCUGGUAUGCCGUGUUGCUCUGGAUGGGAAUGCAGGACCUGAAUGGCCUCGGGAUCACUGGGUCGAGGUCGACAAGAUCAAUGAACGCUUGACGUUCAGAUCGUUGGCCUGGAUCAUCGAGAGAAUCCGGAGCACCCAAGACAAGCUCAAGGAAUGGCAAGAUGUAGAUUUCGUGGAGUACUCUACGGACUGUCAGCGUUGCGCCCCGACCGCCCCGAAUGUCCGCUGGAUGAGAGUGAACAAGAAAAUACUUCCAAUUGAAGAUACCGUUCAAGCCGGGGAAUACGAGCGUCGCCUCAAGAGGCGUCCAGCCCCCUUUGUCACCCAGCUCAAACUUGGGUCUGACGGAGUUGGAACCAUCCGGAUCGGAGUGAACAUCGCUUCACUACUUCAUAGGGCUAUGUCACGGCUUCCCAAAGCCGGCCGAGCUGAGAAGCACGCACUUUCAUGGCACCUUGACACCGACUUUGCGCCUGCGGCUAAGUUGAACUUCCCUAAGUUCAAGCUCCUCAGUAAUCGCAAUGACCCUACUCAUGCCCAACCGCCGAACUUCAAGCUGGAUCUGAGACCCGAGCAGCUCCGGUCACUUGGGUGGAUGCUGCGUCAAGAAUCUCGGGAUGCUCCUCCGUUUAUCGAGGAAGAGAUAGCUGAGGCAAUCCUCGAACCUUUAGGCUGGAGAGCUGAGGGUCGUGCACGAAGGCCUGUCCGAGUCUCGGGAGGUGUCCUCGCUGACGAAGUUGGCUAUGGGAAAACUGCGAUUACCCUGGGUCUCAUCGACUGGACCCUGAAAGACAUACACAGACAGUACCAGAAAGCGAACGAUAUGCCAGGAAAGAUUCGAAGUCGAGCCACUCUCGUUGUGGUACCUCCACAUCUCACGAGACAGUGGGCUUCUGAGGCAAAGAAGUUUGUGGGUACAAAACUGAAGGUGGUUUCCGUGGAGACAGCGGCGAAGAUCAACGCCUUGACCGUUGAGGCGGUCUGCGAAGCUGAUAUCCUCGUAGUGGCGUCUAACCUCUUCCACAGCUCUGUCUACCUUGAUAAUCUCGAGGCAUUCGCAGCAGGAGGUACAUUGCCUUCCAGUGAUGGACGCUACUUCAAGACGAGGUUGCAGUCUGUUUUGAUGUCUCUGCGAAAACAGGUGGAUUUGCUGAAGGAGGGUGACUCGAAGAAAGUAAUGCAACGCAUACAUGAAGGGAGGAAAAUAGAUGAGGAAGCCGAUGCCCUCAUUCCAACCAAAAGGCUGAAAGGCAAAGCGUACAGGGAAGCUGCAGAGAAGACCACGCAAGCUGGGACUGCCGCGCCCUCCCCUGGUUCUCCGGCCCUUGCUACACCUAAAGGCCUCGUACCAGAGGUUGUCAUCACCAGCAGGCGGAGCAGCUGCUCAUCCGUGACCAAGUCAUCGAAUGUUGAUGAGUCUUCAGGCGCCGAGCAGUGUACUACUGCCCGUCCCAGGAAAACCUCAAAGAAGACAAUAGUUAUUUCAGACGAUGACGACGAUGCAGCGAUCACGACAAAAGCGAAGACCACCAAAAAAGCUACCGGUACGAAACGCCGCAGACAGGUCGAUAGCGACCAAGAAGACUACGUUAUGGAGACUUCGUCAUCGAAGUCCCAGGCCAGCUCUAGCGAUGCUGAUAUGGAUGUCGACGAAAUCUCUGACUCCAAGCCGAAGGGGAAAGGCAAGCCAUCCGCCAAGAAACGCAGGACGGUAGCAGCGCCAGCGAAAAAGCGGCGAGAGGACACCGACCCGUGGAAGCUGCUCACCUCUGCAGUGAGAAACGACUGGACGCAGAUGAGAGCGCCGCCCCUGGAGAUGUUCCACUUUGCCCGGGUGGUCGUAGACGAGUAUACUUACCUAGAGGGCAAAGACCAUGCUCUCAUCACUAAUCUGACGACCGACAGACGCUGGGUUCUAUCUGGUACCCCGCCUCUCGCAGACUUCGCGUCGUUGAAAACAAUUGCCGCCUUCCUGAAUUUGCAUCUUGGGGUUGACGACGAGGAUGAAUUCCAGGAUAAGGAAAAGAAGAGGAGGAAGAAAGAUCAAACGACCGCGGAACAGUUCCACUCUUUCCGCGAAGUUCACAGCUUGGAAUGGCAUGCUCAUCGACAUGAUCUUGGGCAAGGUUUCCUCAAUCAGUUUGUCCGACAGAAUAUUGCCGAAAUCGACGAGAUUCCUUGGACAGAAAAGGUUGUGAAAGUCGAACUGCCCGCGGCUGAACGAGCGAUCUAUCUUGAGUUGGAGCACCAUCUCCGUGCCCUUGACAUGACCAUCAAGCGGGGCAGGAAGACCGAGAGUGAUCGUGAAAAGAGGCUGACUCAGGCGCUCGGUGAAAGCCAGUCUGCGGAGGAAGCCCUUUUAAAGCGGUGCUCGCACUUCGAACUGGAAGAUAAUGACGAGGAGAACGCGAUGACGGCAUGUGAGACGAUUGUACAGCGUCGUCAUAAGGAACUCGAAGCCUGCAAAGCGGACCUCCUGAAGCACUUGCAGGAGGCUGUCGCGAUGGAGCGCAAGAUCGGGCGCACGUCCGAGGAGUCGAUGUUCCAGGAGUUCGUCCGCGUGUCACGGUCCGAGGGCGUCGGCGACGCGGAGGCCAGCCAGGUUGUGCUGGACCUGCUCGACGAGGCCGGCGUGGCGGCGCCGCUGAAGACGGUCACGAACAAGCCACACGACCCCCGCGCGGGCGGGUCGUCGAAGGGCAAGAGCAAAGCGGACGAGGCGCUCGACGACCUUAAGUGGAAGCACCGCGAGCAGACGCACGUCAUCCGCCGGCUGGCAAAGGAGCUUGUCGGGCGUGUGCGCUCGCUCAGGUACUUCACGGUCGUGCGCGACCUGCAGAAGCAGCGGGAGGUGCCGCCGGAGAUAUCGUGCCCCGCGUGCGGGAAGGAGGGGCUGUCGCCGGAUGAGAUCGCGGUGCUCAGCUCGUGCGGCCAUACCGGGUGCUAUGAGUGUGUCAAGGAACAUGCGGGGCUGGAAGAGUGCGUGGCGGCGCAGAAUGGAGGAUGCAAGUCUGCUGCGAGGGUCAUUAACGUUGUCAGAGGGAACACUCUCGGCGUGGACGACGUGGAGAGGGAAGGGAGGGGCAAGCACUACGGGAUGAAGUUGGAGAAGGUCAUCGAUCUGAUCAAGGAACAUAUCCCGAAGGAUGAACGCGUCCUCAUCUUUGUGCAGUUCCAAGACCUCACCAAGAAAGUGGCUGAGGCACUCGAAGCGCACCACGUGCCGUUCCUCGAGAUCAAGGGCUCCGCGUCGAGCAAGUCGAAGGCGCUCGAGAAGUUCCAAAACGAUUCGGAGGAGCGCGUGCUGCUGCUGAACGUGACGGACGAGAGCGCGAGCGGGGCGAACCUGACGGGCGCGAACCACGCUAUCUUCCUGAGCCCGCUGCUCGGGCCGUCGCAGGACUGGUACACGUCGCGGGAGACGCAGGCGAUUGGGCGCAUAAGGAGGUAUGGCCAGCAGAACCAUGUCAAUGUGUGGCGAUUCUUGUCGACGAACACGAUUGACGAGGAGAUCUACGAGCAGAGGACGGGGAAGAAGGUGUAGAGAUGUGGGUUCUUGGUUUGUGUUGUGCUCCUGCUGUCGAUGCUGUGAAUGGCUGUAAGCCGUAGCGUACCACAUUUGUAUAGUUAGCUGCUGUCAUCUAAUAGGGUUGGAUAUAGUACGGGAUUAAUACACUAGAUUGUACAUUCC